AGGCGUUAUCACUAAAGGUGAAACUAACAAAUUAAAUUUGUUUUUGUUCAUCGACAAAAAAACGCGCUUAUCAGCAUUGCACAGUGCGGCAAACAUGGCAAACUACAAUGUAUGCUGUGUCUAGAAUAUUUAAUAACAAAACUGAAAUAUAUAUAUAGAUGUUCCGUAUAUAUUGUUAUAACUUAAGCCAAUUGAAAUUAGUUUAAUUUGUGUAAGCAAAGAGCAAACAUGAACAAAUUUCUGUGCGUAACUUUGUUGGCAUCGCUAGCGCUGCUGCUAUUGUCUGGAGCUGAAGCGGCUGUAUCGCAAGGAUUCUUUAAGAAUGAUGCGCAUCCUGGCAAGUGCUAUGUGAAGCCAAAUUUAAUACUCAGUGCAGGACAAUCGGCUCCAUAUCCGGAUAUGGAAUGUGCAAGUAUCAACUGCGGCUCCAAUAGUUUAGCAUCGAUACAUACUUGCGGUGUCUAUGGUCCACCACCUGGCUGCAAGCUGGGACCGCCCAAGCAUCCCAAGGCCAACUAUCCCGACUGCUGUGAACCAACAUUUAUAUGCAAAUAGAUAUAAACUGAAAAUAAACUAAAGACAAAUCUA